AUGGCUACAUCAAUCUUCCAUGCCAUCCUAAAAAAUGACGAGGCCGCUUUCGAUAUCUUGGUCCAAGAACAGCCAUCUGUGUUGGAGAAAAGAGACAAGAAGAAUCAUGGAGAAUCGGUGUUGCACCUAGUCACGAGGGCAGGGCACAAGGAAUUCGCCAAGAAGAUAAUCGCGAUCUGCCCUUCCCUAGUAUAUUCCAAAGACGAUAAUGGUGACACUCCUCUCCAUGUGGCUGCUACCAAUGGACGCAAAAUAAUUUUGGUGCAGAUGUUAGAGUUUGGACUGAAGUCAGUGACGCCUGGACCAGAUAGUGACUCGGAGGAUGAAAUAGCAAAGGAACCCCCAAAGGAUGGCCUUAAACUUGCAGAGGUGAAGAACAACAAGGGCUUGACCCCUAUUCAUUUUGCGGCAAUCAGUGGUAUUGUCAAAAUCUUGAAAGUGUUUUGCCGGAAGACUCCCUCAUCUUUCAACAUACUCACAAUACCAAAGAACCAAACAGUCUUCCAUCUUGCUGUGAUAAACCAAAAUAUCGAAGCCUUCGAGUUCAUGGCAAAGAAAGUCGAACUAGUGAACCUCCUCCAUCAGCUGGAUAGCGAUGGCAACACAGUUCUUCACACUGCCGCCUCUGUCGGCAAUACUACUCUAAUGAAGUACAUUAUCAAUAAUACAAAAGUAGAUGCCAAGGCCAAGAACGCGGAUGGUUACACAGCGGCUCAACUUCUUAACAAAGAUAAUGCAAACUUCCCGAAACUAUCUACCUUAUUAACCUCUGGUAAAAAGACUCGCAAAGAGGAGGCACUGCAAACUGCGAGGAAUACAAUGAUUGUUGUCGCCAUCUUUAUUGCAACGCUUGCUUACGCAGCCGGGAUAAACCCUCCAGGUGGUGUCUAUCAAGAUGGAGACUCCAAAGGGACUGCGAUCGCGGGGAAAACAUUAGCAUAUAAGCUCUUCUCAGUAAGCAGUAGCAUCGCCUUGUAUACAUCAAUAGGUGUUGUCAUUCUUCUCGUGAGUCUUAUUUCUUUCGAGAUGAAACCACUCAAGAAGUUGUUGGUUGUUACAUAUACGAUGAUGUCAGUCGCUAUGGUUGCCAUGUCAGCUUCCUUUGUCUCUGCGGGAUGGGUCAUUGUACCUCAUUUUGAUCGAACCACUUGGUUACUCUAUACCACUAUUGGUAUUGCUGCCGUCAUGGUAGGAGGUGCAUAUGUUUAUCUAUGUUCAAAGCUUGCCAUAAUCAUCUUCAGGAAGAUAUAUCCGGAAAGAACACCUGAUGAGGAGGCUGCACCAAGAAAUGCUAUGGCCAGUACGCAUGUCGUAGAUAUCUCUAAUAUUAACUAA